CUUGGGGUCUGGGUGUGGCAAAAAGGUAUUAUUAUGCGAAUAGUGUAGUAAAACAGUUGUAACAAUUGUGUAGCUCAAUUAAUACCUUGUUGCUAUGUCACAUACCUGCUGUAAGCCUGGUUUCUACUCAGUAGAAUUAGCCAAAACUGUAUGGACAGUUCCAGAGCGAUACCAGGAUCUUAGACCUCUUGGAAUAGGGGCAUUUGGCUCUGUUUGUUCUGCUCUUGAUACCACCUACAACAUACGUGUGGCUAUCAAGCAGUUGUCGAGGCCAUUCCAGACUCAGAUACAUGCUAAGAGAUGCUACAGAGAAUUACGACUACUAAAGCACAUGUGCCAUGAAAACGUCAUCAAGUUGUUGGAUGUUUUUACUUCUGCUGUAGACUUUGAAUCUUUCUAUGAUGUCUAUUUUGUGACAGAAUUAAUGGGAUCAGAUUUACAUAAGAUUGUGAAGACUCAAGCACUCAGUGAUGCCCAUGUACAGUUUUUCAUAUAUCAGAUCCUCAGAGGGGUUAAGUACAUCCACUCAGCUGGGAUUAUCCACAGGGAUUUGAAGCCAAGCAAUGUGGGUGUGAGUGAGGACUGUGAAAUAAAGAUCCUGGAUUUUGGGUUGGGGAGGAAGACAGACAAUGAGAUGACUGGCUACGUGAUGACCAGGUACUGGAGGGCUCCAGAGGUCAUGCUAAGCUGGAUGCAUUAUGGACAACAAGCGGAUAUUUGGUCUGUGGGGUGUGUAAUGGCCGAACUAUUGACUGGACAGACUCUCUUUCCUGGCAGUGACUAUAGAGAUCACUUGAUGAAAAUUCUGCAAAUCUGUGGAAGCCCUGACGAAGAACUAAUGCAGAAAAUUGAAGGAGAAUCUGCCCGUACCUACAUAAAGUCAUUGACAACUUUUCCUAAGAAGGAUUUUCAUAAGUUCUUUGUUGGUGCUAACAGCGUGGCCAUUGACCUGCUAGAAAAACUGCUCACCAUGGACCCUGACCGUAGACCCACUGCUGAGCAGGCAUUGGGGCACCCUUACUUCAGCAAGUACCAUAUCGUAGAGGAUGAGCCUACUUGUCACUGGAAAUAUGAUGCUUCGUUUGAAGAGCUGGGGCAUGAUGUUGAGGAAUGGAGAGUAUUGGUGUAUGAUGAGAUUGCAAAGUUUGUUCCUCCCACGUUACCGCAACCUACCACACAUCCAACCCUGGCAAAACACAACACAACAGAACUAGUCAACUAUGAACCCAUGAGUAGUACAGACUCGAACAGUUGACACUUGUAUAAAAAUGCAUUGUACAUGUAUAAUUAUAUAUCUGUGCUAAGAUUACAAAACUAUAAUUAUUUUCCAAAAAAGUG